AUGAGUUAUCUUAACGUUCGGUACCCUACGGGGCAUCUGGAAAAAAUACCCGUACAACCGAAUGCCCCUCUACUUCGAGCUCUUGAAGCGGCUUGCUCAAAACGAUCCUUCGAUAUUCAAAAGUGCAAACUCAUUUACCGAAAGAAGGCUCUCGAUCUGUCCGUCCCAUUCCGUUUAUCGGGUCUGCUCAACCACGCGAAUGUUGAACUCGUCACUUCGGACGAACAGACAGAUGAGUCCGGUGGAGCCGGCAAGUCCGUCCGCGUAUGCUUGCGACUGGAAGAUGGACAUCGUGUUGAAUGGGUGGGUUCCGUGAGCACUUGCCUCUGGGACAUUCUUGAGGCUUUGGCUGCUUCCGAACCAAGAAUCGCCCAAUUGAUGACGCCCACGGAGACCGGUCUUGCUCCUACGCUCAUUUACAUUCAACAGCAGGUACGUCCUUUGUUGCGGAGAGCCCGGCAACGUCGCCCGAUGUACGUCCCCUUUUUCUCUAUUUUCCCGUAUCCGCGGCGGAUAAAACUUCCCCCUAUCUGCAAUCUAACCACCCCUCCAACGCCCUGUUGUUAUUCUCGCCAAAAGGCACCCAUUUGUCCGCCUAGAUAG